AAAGGACUGGUCUUUAGGUUGAGUUUACUCAUGGCAAAUCUACACUUACUCGUAGUGAUGUUGAUGGUCUCGGCCAUGGCCGUGACCAGUGCAGAUCGCCUCAACGAAUCAUCUAUGUCUUUGCCGAUAGAGGAGGAAGCGGAGGAUAUCGAUGGAGGUUUCUCUACGCUUGACGGAAUGUUGCAGUGGGCAAUUGGUCAUUCUGAUCCCGCGAAAUUGGAAGAAUCAGCCAAAGACGUCCAGAAAUUACCAGCGGAUGAGAUAAAGAAGCGUCAAUCAGAACUAAAGGAGCUAAUACACAAUCUAAACAUGCCUUCCGAUGCCCAACUCAUGAAAAUCGCUAUAAACGACUUGAAUAAUUCAUCUUUGUCUUUGGAAGAUCGUCAUCGUGCAUUACAGGAGCUCCUUGUACUUGUUGAGCCAAUUCAUAAUGCAAAUGAUUUAAGCAAAAUUGGAGGCCUUGCUGUGGUAAUACAAGAGCUUAACCAUGCUGACCCAGAGACUAGGACUCUUGCGGCUUGGAUACUUGGGAAAUCAAGUCAAAACAAUCUUGAAGUUCAGAGCAAGGUGCUGGAACUCGGGGCACUGUCCAAGCUGAUGAAGAUGGUGAAGGCUGAUGGGGUAGAAGAAGCCAACAAAGGUUUGUAUGCUGUUUCGGCUUUAAUUCGAAACAAUUUAGUUGGUCAAGAAUUGUUCUUUGCGGAAGCUGGUGUGCAGCUAUUGCAGGACAUACUAAGCAAUUCAAGCAUUGAUAUUCGAUUGCAAAAGAAGGCUGUGUUUCUUGUGGGAGAUCUUGCUGCUGGGGCGGAUUCGGAAGCUGUAAAACAUGGGUCUGUUUUCAGCAAUAGCAUUCUGUUGAAGUGUGUUGUUGAUUUAACAGCUUCUUCUGAUCUUGAUCUAAAAGAGAAGGCUCUCUUGGCAAUUAAAAGUGUAUUGCAAUUGGAAGGGAAGAUAAGUGAGGCUGCAGCUGGGGUUUUGAAUGAUGUGUGUGGUCUGGAUGCUGCAUUGGAGAGGAUGAGGCAGCAGCUACGGGUGUUGUUGACAACAUAUACCGAUGAUGACGAGUUUGAAAGGGAUUAUGCAAUCGAUUUGGAAACCUUACUCAAUGAGGUUCAGCUCAUCUUCCACACAAAGCUCUCCAACUCAAGCUCAUAAGCAAGACCAACCAUUCCCAUUGGCAAUUUCCACUCACUCAUCGUCCACUAAUUUGAUUUUUUACUUUCUUUCCCUUGGGCUGUCAAAUGUCAAUGCUCCAUCAUUAUUUUAUGUAGGUUAAGUUUUGCCUAAAUACAUAGAGAGAUAUAGAGAUAGAGAUAGAGAUAACACAUAACAUAUUAAUGGAAAUCCAAGAAAGCCGACUUCAGAAAUUACAUGGUUAUGAUAUUGUCCUGUCGUGGUUGUUGGCUGCUUUUCUUUGACAUUUUUAUAAUAAGUCUUCGUUCUUUGCUA